AUGGCCGAGACGAAGUCCGGGUCCUACAUCUACAAUGGGGAUCCCUCGACGUUCUACGACUGGAAGUUCAGGACGGAACUGCGCCUGAAACUCUACGAAGACGCUAUUCGGUCGAAAGCGUCCCAAGCCAGGAGUACCCGAGGAGACUCCGAAGCAGGUCUGGAGGGAGAAGUUGACCCAGACCACAACGUCCGAGAGCCAGAGGCCGCGGACACAGCCGAUGAGGAGCAUGAAGGCCCUCAAGAAGAAGGAGGUCUGCAUCCAGGCGGAGCAGACGAGUACUUCGACAAGCUUUCCCAGCUCAGCGCGGGAAGUCGGAGGUCGAAGAAGUCGGGCAAAUCCGCGAAGCCCAUUUCGUUCGAGUACCUUGAAGGACUCCCCUCGAGCACGAAGGCAAGAACAGAAAUGGUACACCGUGUUCUCGAAGGCCUCAGAGACGAAGCCUUCGAACUCGCGAGGGACAUCGGUGUAGAUGCCCUAACUGCUCCAGGGGGACUUCGAAGCUUCAUCGAACGAAUGCGGGAGGUAGUGUUCCCCCGCGCGACAGAGGAAGCCCGAGAGUUGUUCCGGGCGGGACAGAGGUUAGGGACCCUGUCCAGGCAGGCAGGGGAAAGCAUGCUGAGUUACAUCUCCCGUAGACGGAGGUGGUGGAAUCUCCUGAAAACCCUGGAUGCCAGCAUCGAGCUCUCUGAGCCGAUGCGCGUAGAGCUACUAUUAGAGCUCUCUGGGCUAUCUAGACAAGAAGCCCUGGUCGUCAAGGCUUGCACAGCCGACCCGAAGAAGUUCGAGCAGAUCGCAAACACCUUGGUGCAGCACUACACAGGUGUUCAUCUGCGCGAAGGCCGCGCGCUGGGAGGCAGCAACCCCCAGCCUUACCGUAACACUGGCAAGGGUUAUGGUCCUAGAUCUUACGGAUCUAAUAGGUCUAAGGGUAAAGGUUUUACCCGCAAGGCCUUCCCUGCGAUCGACGAAGACGCAGGCGAGUUAGAGCAGGAAGAGGAGUACCCAGAAGAGGACUCUUACUUUGCCCAAGAAGCCUGUGUUGCUGAGGAGAGCUGGGAGGAAGAACCCCCUGCCGAGGAAGAAGAGUUCGAGGAAUAUGAGCUGGAUGAGGACGAGGCCAUCGCCCUCAACGCCAUGGAGCAGUUCCUCGAGGAUUCUCCCGAGGUGGGACACGCCAUCCAGUUGUCCUUGGCAGCCAACGCAGCCUUCGGCAAGGCCAAGGGCAAGGGCAAGAACAGAUCCAAGGGCAAAGGCAAGGGUAACGUGGUCCGAAGUCACCUUACGUUGGAGCAAAGAAGGGACAAACUCAAAGCCCUUAAGGCAAAGUCGCGAUGCAUGAGAUGUGGUGGUAUCGGCCAUUGGGCUGGUGACCCUGAGUGCAAGUUCCCUGCAGGCAAGGCCGCAGGCAAGGCAGCACACGUCGCCGUAACGGUCCUAUCCAGCGAGGAAGGUCUGGUCAUUCCCUCGGAAGCGCCAGACAAGGACCACUCUGGCUUUGUCGUUCGCGGAGAUCGUAAGUUUUACCUUGGUCAGUACAAGGGGAAGACUUACAGCGAGAUUGCCCGGCUUCCAGCUGUUGUUCAAUGGGCACAGGUUCAGGUGAACCCUAGUCGCCAACUCCAAGACUUUUUAGCUUGGUUCAAUCGCUACUAUGUGAUCGAGGGCGACGAGGUUGUCACCCGAGCCAGCAUAGGUAUCCCUGAAGGAACCUAUGUACCGCGUGUCAAGAACAAGGGCGGAAAGAAGGUACCGCCGAACCCACCAUUGGAGCCUUGCGUCCAAGGAUGCAAGGAUUUUACGCACGCAGGAUCUACCAUGAACUGGCUGCGCAGUACCUGUAGAGACUGCGGAAAGGUCACGCGAGAACCCAGAGAGGUCUCAUACACCAACGACCCAGAGACAUGCCCGCACGAGAUCAUUGAUCGACGUGGCUCGUCGCGAUCAGUGUCUCGCACGUUUUGCAAACAAUGCGGAACGUUUAUAGAUGAAGUUCCGGCUGACUUCCAGCGCCGACGUCGAGACGCGGCAAAUCGUAUGCUCAAUGCCACUGUAGACUCUUUAUCUGUGAUGCAUAACACACAGAUUGCCGGUGAGUCAAGGGACCUUGAGCACGACGAUGUGGAACUCAUCAUGGGUGUCUUCAAUGACUCUGUGACCACCAUGAUAGAGAUGGGGAUGCGCGUCACCCCGUCUGUUUUACACAAUCGUCUUAGCGAGGCAAUCGUUGAUGCCUUAGAGCCCACUGGUGACAGUCCGGAUUCCUGGUCCCGCGUUGGCCAUGUUGGAAUCAUAGACCCAACGGACCUUACAAAGGAAGAAAGAGUUCUUUCUAGAUGGGAGAGACUGGUUAAAGGUGUUAAUUGGCAGGAUCAUUGUGUAGCCUGGGAGGAUGCUUUCCUUAUGGGGCAUGACCGAUUAGGUAUAGCCAUUCUUGAAGCACAAUGGGCUGACCCAGCACCUGCACCGUCCACAGGCAUCAACCUGAGCCUGACGUUGGACGACAUUGAGCAGGCUCGUCCUGAGUCACCGCAAGUUCCGGAUCCUGUAGGGCCGGAGCAAGGAACAGCAACCACGAGCUCGAAGUGGAUACCCGAGCGACGCUGUGACGAGUUUGCAGAGGAGCCACGGGAAUCUGGGUGGACCCUGGGUAAGCGUAAGCUGCCUUUCUGUCUUGAGCUGGGAGAUCAAGGUAGGACCCUGGCGGGCGUGCUGGACUCCCACGAGGUCGACUACCACGAGUACUUGGAAAGUGGAAUGCUCUGGGACCAAGUUCGGCCCAAAACGUUCACAACUCCACCGCCGAUAGUCAUCUUGUCCUGCGGGAUCAGGUACUACAUGAACAAGGAAGACGGCUGGUGGGGGAAAAAGGCGAGGGAUCCGAUCCAUUGGGCCGAUCGAGUACCUCAGGUGUUCCGGGAUGGUUACACGCUGAUCGUCCAGGACCUCAGAGAUCUAAGCGACCCUGCAAAUGGUGCUUGGAAUGACCACAUCGGUAGGCACCCAGAAAUCAUCAAGGGCCUGGUCAACGCCGAGGCAGGACAACGCUUGCUGCGAAAAAACCUGGUGGAUCUGUUAGACCACUACAACCGCGGCAAAAAAGUUGCGUUGGUAGCAUUUUGCACCAGCAAUCGGCACAGGUCAGUUGCCUUUGGCACGACCCUAGCGGCGUGUCUUUUGGCAAAAGGGAUCGAGGACCAUCUUCUCGUUCACCUGAACGCCAUCACUAGUUGGAAAGGCAUGGCGUGUGGAGGUGGCUGCAGCGACUGCGGUGAAUUCUCCAAACCUGGUCUGGUGAACCUCGGAAAGCAUGCCAACUCCCUCUUGGAUGCGCUCGAGGGCUUCGACGAGGCGAAUCGUCACCAGAACCGUGGGCGCAGUGCGCCACCAGCAGGCCGAGCAGAUGCCGGCCAACGUGGAGGGGCAACCGGUUCGGUGAAGUCGGAAGAGAGCUCAAGGGUGUCGGCAAGGUUGGACUACGCGCCAGUGGUUGGUACGGCGACGACGGAGACGACCGCUACGGCGUCUUCCAGCAAGGCAUCCACUACCAGCAAGGCUCCCGCAGUAUCUGCCACGUCUAUCGUUCCGAAGGCACCGCCUGCAGAGAUGGAGAAUGACGUGGGGUACUGGAGAGAGCGCUGCAUCCGGCAGGAAACAGCAAAUGAACACCUCCAAGUCAGACUGGUUGCUCUUGAAACUGAGCUUCGAGAGGCAAAGAGUUCUGGCGAAAGUUGGCUUUCUCGAGCCAUCGCUGCCGAGAAGGAGUUGGAGGUGGUCAAGCGAUACGAACGGAGACCUAGAUCCCGUUCUGAGUCGUAUGACUCCAAGGACGAGUCUAGGAGCCGAUCCAGAGACGAUCGAUCAAAAGACGAUCGCAGAGGGCAGAGGCCGAGAGAGAUCGGGAUCCAUGAGACCUGGUCGAAGUGGCCCCCGCUCUACGUCAGCAGGACCGAGCAUCAAGGAGGUCAUACCCCUAGGGAUGGCGAGGCGUCCGUCGAGCCUGGCGCUGGCGGAGGGUCUACGCAGACGCCGGUGGAGCCACUCCCCGUGGUAGAUGGCAUGGAAGGACCCUUGGACCACAAUAGGCCAUGGGCAGCCAACCUUAGCUUCCCCGACCUUACAAAGGUCGCGUCCAUCCUUAGGAGGACGAAACCGGCGAGGUACAACAGUAACGGGUGGAUCGGUCCGGCCACCAAAGAGCAAGGGAUGCAAUGCACCCUGAAGCACAACAUCCGUUUCUGGGUGGCUCACAAAGACCACUCGUUUGUGCACCGGUGGGACAACGCCUUAGACGACUUCACCAAAGGCGUCUUCCUGUUCCGCGGUGCGGAGCGCACGUUUUCCAUAAUCCAGAGGGAUGUGGACAUGCGCGCGGCGCUCACCAUCGAUGCCGCAGAACUGGAGGACGGCGACAGCUUCAUCAUUUUCGCCCGAAGUCAGAAGCAGAGGGCGGCCGACCACACCGGCGGCUUACCUCGGGUCUCGCCCUAUAGAGGCGAGGCCAGGCCAUAUGGGCAAAGUUUGCGUCGUCCCAGCGCCAGUGCCGAAGGCAGGUCGGUUUCCUCGGACUCCUCUGCCUCUUCAGGGAGUUCGGGGUCGGGUGUCAGUAUUCCCACUGGAGCCAAGUACUUCACCCCAGCAUGCAACCUUGCAGUCCUGUCCAAGGAGUCCGGCAUCCGUGUCAUCGACGUCGGAUUGGACGCGAUGAAGCCGUGGGAGGCCGAAGGGAUUCGUAGGACCCUUCAAGAGGUUAGCCCCAGUUUAGUGGUUGUAGCUAUUGAGUACCAGGAACCGGGACUCAAUCAUAGUGAAGUUGUGGACGAGGUCAUAGCCCACUGUGAGUGUUCAGGGUCAGACUACCUGAUAGCUGACGUUGCCGACACUGAACGUUGGGGGUAUUUCUCUGUUCCCAUGUACCCAGACAUAGGACAUGGUGAUGUGAGCUAUGUGUCCAAUAAUUCGGAAAUAGCAGAUGCAUUUGAGGGAUGGACCGGUGAAGGCUAUCCAACCAUGGGACCCAGGAGUUUUUGGGAUUUGUUUUCUAGUGACUUUUUGGGUUGGUUGAUCAAUUAUGCCAAUGACCAUGCUGCAAUUUCACUUGUGGCAACAUCGUACCCAGUAUGGGACGAUGGCGAGAUUGAUGAUAGCGAGUUUCCAACCUUCGAUUCCGUUGAAAACGAAGAUGAUGUAGCAAGAAUGGACCCAGGAGAAGAGGCCAUUCAAGAGGUCGACCCGCAGUAUCUAGAUGGACUGCGUUUGUUGCGCUGCAAUGAGUGCGAGGAGAACGCGCCAAGACGUCCCGGUCAAGCGUCAAGCGCAAAGUGCCUCGAGGCCAUACAGAGGAGGUGGAUCACUUGGGCUGGUCACCCCAAAGCACUAAAAUGUGAUCGCGGAUUGCACAACCGCGGCGUCCUAGCAAGGUACAUGGCCGCGCACGGAGUGGAUGUUACACACGCGCCGCUCGAAACACCCGAAGCCAUAGGCCGAGUGGAGAGACACGGCGGGAUCAUCAAAGGAAUGGCCCGCAAGGUCAUCAGCCAAACUCAACCGCGGGGUUGGUUGGAAAUGCAGCAAGUACUUGAUGAGACUUGCCUGACAAAGAACAGCCUACUCAGACAGGGAGGCUACUCGCCAGCUCAAUGGGUGCUGGGUCGAGCGCCACGUGAACUACCAUCUAUCCUUAAUGAGGAUGGGCACGCAGAUCUAGGAGCCAUUCAGGACUCUCUCGAUCCCGAGUCCGCUUUCGCGCUCCAACACAUGGUUCGUGCUGAGGCGAAGAAAGCAUUCGUCCAGCUGGACACCUCUAAACGAGUUCAGCGCGCUCUUUUGCGCAACGCGAGAGCGAUUCCUGGAGAUUACCAGGAAUCGGUUUGGUUGCUUUGCGAAAACAUUCCAGUUUUGGCGUCUGCGCAAAACCUGCGACCAGCAACGGACGCAGAGGCUUUGGCCUUUGAUAUCCUUCAUGGGAAUGCAAUUAUCCCUGAGGAAAUUGUUAAGGAUCAACAAGGGUUCGACGACUAUCGUGAACCAGCACCAACCGGGGAUCAUGAUCCAGCGCCAAAUGUGACACUUGAAGAGGGCCCCAGUGAUGGACCCAUGCCAUCUAUCCUAGAGGAAGACGAGGAGCACCCGUCUCGUCGGGUUAGCGUCGCCGAGCCUGAGCAAGAGAGGACUCCAGGUGGAAGUCGGAGGCCGUCGUAUGAUGUACAGGACGAUUUGCCUGAGCAGCUGCGGCAGCACUUCCAGCGCGUAAGGGAUGCGGAAGCGACGCCACCUAGAAUUGUCAGCGACCAAAACACGGCGCUGAGUGCGACUCAAGCCCGACCGCGGGCCAAGUUCAUAGCCUUUAUGGCGAAUCGCGCGGCAAACAUUUCAAAGGAAGAAGCCAAGUCCCUUCCAGGCAGCCUCAACUACUAUGACUGUUCACCCGCUGUCCAGCGCAAGAUCGAUGAAUCUAGAAAGAAGGAAUGGAUGAAGUAUGAAUCAUUCCAAGCGGCGAUUCCAGUAACCGGUAAGAUCCUAAAGGACUUAUUGGAUGAGGGACAUGUUCCAUUGCCCUCUAAGUGGGUUGACACUGUCAAAAACAUCCACGAACAGUUCGAAAUCGGCAGAAAGGAGAUCAAGAGACUCCGAUUUUGCGGGAAGCAAUUUGACCAAUCCGGCAAGGACAUAGUUAUCGACGUUAGCGAUAACACACGCCGUACUACGUAUAUCGACAUAGCGAAGGGCCGACAAUCUUCGGACCCGAUCACGCAAGGUGAAGAACGUCAACUGCGUAGCGUAGUGGGUAGUCUGAGCUGGAUAGCCAGACAAGGCAGGCCGGAUAUCCUGUACAAAGUUUCGUAUUUGCAGUCCAAGGUUAAGGGAGCCACCGUAGCUAUCCUUAAGGAGGCUAACAAAUGCCUUGAAAUUGCUCUUGCAGGAAAAGAUUUCUGCAUCCGGUACAAAAAUGGUCCUUUCGACUUUAUGGAUCUGGGAGUUUUAACCGCCUCAGAUGCCAGUUUUGCCGGGGAGCCAGGUUUACGAUCCCAGCAGGGACGUAUUCACUUCCUAGUUCCAAGGAAGCAAUUGACCACGCCAGGCAAUUGCGUAUUCGAUGUUGCCUUGAUCAGCUUUGGAUCAACGACAAUCAAGAGAGUAUGCAGAGCAACUCUCCAAGCCGAGACGUACGCGCUACAGAGUGCGCAAGAGUCAGGUGACCAAAUUCGAGCUCUGUUGGCCGAAUUGUAUGGACAAGGCAGUCCAGGAGCUGAUUGGUACGACCGAUCCAGAAGGACGGUUCCGCACAUGAUGCUCACAGACUGUCGUAGUCUGUCUGAGCACCUCAACGUGGAGGUCCCUUCACGUGUCCAAGACAAACGUCUCCAAAUAGAACUGAACGCGUUGCGUCAGGCGUUGUUCGAAGACGAUGGCACCCGCAGUACCGAGGUCUUUCCCGGUGCAGGUGACCAAGUUGUGUGGACCUCUACGGCCACCAUGAUCGCUGAUUGCUUGACGAAGAGUAUGCGCCCCGACUUCCUCAUCAAGGUAUUGACAGCCUGUCAGUAUCAAAUCGAGAGGCAGUCAGAGAAGCAACUAGGGUGA